AUGCACAUGACGUGGCCUGCCGCAAAUAGGACUAAUGGUAGACCAGCGUUCCCCCCAUGCGUGUACGGCAAAGGCACGCGAAAGGAGCUCGCGGAAGUUGAUGUCGAAGCCGCUGGUUGCUCCGGUUUUGAACUCCGCGAUCAGCUCACACUCCAUUUCGACCACGACAUCUGCCAGUGGAAGGGUGUUGAAGUAUUCCAGAGAUACGCCGUUCAGCUGAGGAUUGUGUAG